AUGAGAAGGCCAGACACAGCAAAUAGUACUACUCCUUCUUCAAAGAACGGAGUGACAGUUCAUAAUAAGCUAAGGAAGGGGUUAUGGUCUCCUGAGGAGGAUGACAAGCUCAUGACCUAUAUGAUGACCAAUGGUCAGGGUUGUUGGACCGACGUCGCGAGAAAUGCCGGCCUUCAAAGAUGCGGAAAGAGUUGCCGCCUUCGAUGGAUAAACUAUCUCCGCCCCGAUCUCAAGCGCGGUGCCUUUUCAAUCGAGGAGGAGGAGCUCAUCAUUCACUUGCAUUCCAUUCUUGGCAAUAGAUGGUCUCAAAUUGCAGCCCGUUUGCCAGGUCGCACAGAUAAUGAGAUAAAGAAUUUUUGGAACUCUACAAUAAAAAAGAGAUUAAAGAACUCAUCAAAACUAUCUUCCUCAACUCAUGACCAAGCUGAUCCAUCUGAUGCUAAUAAGGAGUUACUCAUGGAGGACAUCAUGUUCAUGCGCUUGAAUUCUUCAUCAUCAUCAUCUUCAUCAUCAAUGCAAGCUUUUACCAUGAACACCAACUACAACUUGGUUCCAUUCCCUGAUACAAUUUCAAAUGAUUGCUUCCUCAACAACAUAUCUUCAAGCUUAGCACAUGAUCAUUGCAUGUAUGAUGAUGCUGAUGCUCAUGGUAUAAUAACCAUGGGUGAAGGUCUUAUGGUAGAAGAAGGUUAUGAUCAUUACUUUGUUCCUCCACUAGAGAGUGCAAGUCAAGAAGAGAAUGGAACUAACUUAGAUUAUGCAUAUCAAAAUUAUUCAAGGAAUAUCAAUGAAAUUAAUUCCAACAUGAUUAAUCUUAAUGUUCAUCAUGAUACUAAGAAUAUUAUUAAAGGUAGCAAUUUAGUUGGGAGCCAUGAGAUGUGGGAGGAAGGUCAUGAAAAAAUGAAGGUAGGAGAGUGGUCUUUAGAAGAUUUGAUAGAGGAUGUCUCUUCCUUUCCUUUGCUUGAUUUCCAAGUUGAAUGAUUGAGCCUUCUUCCCCUACCUUCAUAAUUCU